CCUAAAAGAAAAUCAAGCAAGUGGACUCCUGAUCUCACCAUAAAUAAGUUUGGAAAAGAAAAUAAGAUCAACAGCCAAGAGUGAAUUUAAGAAAACAAAUUCUACAAUUAUAUCUUGGUGGGAAUAUCAGUCUACAAAAGCACAGAAAUCCAAGUUGCAAAAAACAAGAGUUGCAAAAAGACGGAAAAGAUUCCAAGUCUUAAGAGUUUCUUGGAAUCAAAAUGAAGUCAUCCGAGAGGGGUCCGGAAGCGUUGGCAGCACCCCAAACAACUGUUGCAGCUCCUUCCAUAUCAACAAAUGAUACAGAAUCUGUGACCCCAGGAAAUGAUAAUUUUUCUAAAUUAAGAGAAAAGUUCAUGAAUCAGCUGAAUAAAAUUCCAUUACCAUCAUGGGCCUUAAUAGCAAUAGCCAUAGUUGCCGUUCUCUUGGUUCUUACCUGCUGCUUUUGUGUCUGCAAGAAAUGUUUAUUCAAAAAGAAGAACAAGAAGAAGGGCAAGGAAAAGGGUGGGAAAAAUGCUAUUAAUAUGAAAGAUGUUAAAGACUUAGGGAAGACCAUGAAAGACCAGGCCCUAAAGGAUGAUGAUGAUGAUGAUGAUGAUGCAGAGACUGGUUUAACUGACGGAGAAGACAAAGAACAACCUAAGGAAGACGAAAAAUUAGGGAAACUUCAAUAUUCUUUGGAUUAUGAUUUCCAGAAUAACCAGCUUAUGGUUGGAAUAAUUCAAGCGGCUGAGCUUCCUGCUUUAGAUAUGGGAGGUACAUCCGAUCCAUAUGUGAAAGUUUUCUUGAUGCCAGAUAAAAAGAAGAAAUUCGAGACAAAAGUUCACAGAAAAACUCUCAAUCCAGUUUUCAAUGAACAGUUCACUUUUAAGGUGCCAUAUGCUGAAUUGGGUGGAAAAACUCUGAUAUUGACAGUUUAUGACUUUGAUCGUUUCUCCAAACAUGAUGUCAUUGGAGAAGUUAAAGUCCCUAUGAAUACUGUAGACUUUGGCCACGUAACCGAAGAAUGGAGGGACUUAAUAAGUGCUGAAAAGGAAGAGCAAGAGAAACUGGGCGACAUCUGCUUCUCUCUUCGAUAUGUGCCAACAGCUGGCAAGCUGACUGUUGUUAUUCUUGAAGCAAAGAAUUUAAAAAAGAUGGAUGUUGGUGGUUUGUCAGAUCCCUACGUGAAAAUUCAUUUAAUGCAGAACGGUAAGAGGCUGAAGAAAAAGAAGACCACUAUUAAAAAGAACACUCUUAAUCCCUACUACAACGAGUCUUUCAGCUUUGAAGUACCAUUCGAGCAAAUUCAGAAAGUGCAAGUUGUUGUGACUGUUUUGGACUAUGACAAGAUUGGCAAAAAUGAUGCUAUUGGCAAAGUGUUUGUUGGGUACAACUGCACUGGAGCUGAGCUGCGACACUGGUCAGAUAUGCUGGCGAACCCAAGGCGGCCCAUUGCACAAUGGCACACCUUAGCUCCAGAAGAGGAAGUAGACGCAAUGCUUGGAGUAAAGAAAUAAAAAAGGAAGGAAUACAACGUUUCUGCAGUUGCCCACAUAGUGCUCUUUAGCCAGUAUAUGUAAAUACCUCAGUAGUAUGGGUCCUUUCACGUCUUACCAUACAUUCCUAUUUCAGGUCAUUCGUACAAAUCCAUUUUAUUUGCACAAAUUUAAAUGUUCUUACUUCCCUCAAGGAAACCAUAUUGUGCACCACAAAACUACCCUCUUAAUCUUCUUUUAAGCAAUAUGAUGUGUAGAUAGAGCAUGACUCAACUUGUUAUUAUCACACUCUUGUAUAUACCAGUAUGCCAACAUUUCUUUUUAGUCUGUGUAUUUGUAUGUUGUAAGCGUUUCUUAAUCUAUGUAUACCUAGAUGUUUUUAAUAAGAUGUUCUAUUUUAAAAUAUGUAAAUUGACUAAAUAUAGAAGAGCUGAUAAUAUAUUACAGGUUAACUAUUGUAUUGUCCACAUUCCAGAAGAAAUUCCAAUAUAUAAGGCACUAGUAGUGUUGCACUGAGAUCUUAAAGGACAACUUAAAUCUAAACUCUCGACAGAUAUGUUAAGAGUAAUAGAUAUGUGUACAUUCCAUAUUUUCAAAGAGAUAAUCUGAUCACAUUUGUAGACGUCUGUCAAAGGCAACCUACCUGACUAGAGCAGUUGCAUAGAUGACCUUAACAAAAACAUGGUCCUGAAUUGCUAAUAUUUUGGUGUAUAUAUACCUGUAUAUGAGUAUGUAUUAAAAUGAAAAAAAUAAAAUAAAUAAAUAGUGACAUUUAUAGAAUUAAGAAAGCUACUGGUUAGUAAUAAGUAGUACAAUGACUACUAUAUAAUAAAUAGAUAUGACAGAAGACUGAUUCUUUGAUUACUGUUAAUGUCACUUUAGAUUUGCUUUCAAAAGGCAAAUAUUAGUCAUAAGACUUCUGACAGAAUGUACAUCUUGCAAUUUAUCUGUGUGAUUUUAAAUCUCAUAUAUUUUAUGUAUGUGUGUAUGUUGUACUUUUGACGUACAAUGAUAUCUUGUUACGCUGACAGAUUGUGAGGCAUACUGAACAUUGCUGCAAUUGUGACACACCUAUGUUCUCAUAGUUAACAAGCAGUAUUGUGACCCAAUAUAUAAAGACAAAACUAAUUUAGCCAUAAUUCUGAAUGCACUUCAAGUAAGCCAAAACAGCUAGUGACCUUUUUUAUAUACUAUUUGUAUAUUGAGUUUUAAUUUGUCCUUUAAAAAUGGUAUAAAACAAAGAAAAAAUAGUGCUAGCAAACUAGAGCACCCUCUUAUGUAUAUUAGAUGCUCAUUUCAGGAGGCGUUUUUAAAUGUUUUCAAUGUUAUUAUGUAGUAAAUGGCACUAUUAUGAAGCUAUUAGUCAUUCCAUAAGCGUCUUAAAUGACUGCUCUGUGUAUCACUGUGACUGCCGUGUGUGCUUAGAUAAAACUUAGUUUUCUCAGUGAAUAGCAAUCAAUUCUUUAGUGAUAUUGUACUGCCACUGCCACCUCUUUCUACUGCACUUCUGAAGGAGAGCAUAGCACAAACAAGGUUACAAUGGACCAAUCGGAAACUGGGAGCUAUGCUGGAACUUGGGGAUAAAAUAGGUAGAUUACACAGCAAUUUAUUUAGCACUGUGCAUUAUACUUCACAAAUUAUAUCUAAAUUGAUGGUUAUUGCAGAGUUCCAUAUAUAUAUAUAUAUAUAUAUAUAUAUAUAUAUAUACAUACUGUAUAUCCUUCUAGCAUAUCAUGUGGGUAUCAGACCCAAAGAACACUAUAAUAUCAAAUUGUUAAGAAUGUCUAAUUGCACAGAAUGUCAAAUAAAUAUUUUGAAUACGUUUUCGAAUAGGUAAUUAUUAUUUUAAAUACAUAUUUGCUGAUUCAAGGCAAA